AUGCUUUUCCUGGAACCUGAAGUUGAUUAUUUCAGGAUGCAGCUGCAUCAUCUGGCGAUUCCUACCAGCAUAUGCAUACCCAGCGUCCCAAAAACCUCCCGCAAUCCCGAAACAAGAGCAAAUGGUGAUCAAGAAUGUGAAACUGGGGGCGAAAACGCCAAGGUGGACGGCACAGUCCCGUUUAUCACACAGGAAGAACAAAACAAAGUUAUACAACGUGCUCUCCGAGUGGCGCUCUACCAGCGUUUUCCGUACGAAAGCUAUGACACGCUAGAGAAUGUGUAUAUUUUAGCUGUCACACAUUUGGCUUUGCCGCUAAUUGGUGACACGGGUUUGAGUUACGAGGACCUGGCAACUCUUGAAAUUUGCGAGCAUUCCCUUCCACCAGAGUUGAGGCAUCGGACGUUCCCUUCACAUCUUAACGCAUUGAUCGCACAAAGGAAUCCCCCCGACAGUGGAAGUGUUAUACAAGACAGAAUGUUAGAUCAUAGCGCGACACAGGGCUCCUCGGAAGAGGGCACAGGGAAACAGCGCUUUAACGACAGCUAUUUUAUUCUUAUUCCUGAUCUCACAGACGAGCAGGCGAUGGUUUAUUGUAAAGGAAGGCAGUAUGCGGGCUCAAUGCUGGGCAGUGGCAAGGCAUCCGUUGGACCUGCGUCCGACGCUGCCCGUUUUUCCCGCAGCACCCUAUGGGAUGAUGCACGGCAUUCUCGUGCGAACGCCUUGGAAGGGCCCAGUGAAGAUCUACUUUCCUUUCAUGUGGUGGAGGGAGAUAUGAUUCACUACGUGGAGACAUCUCAGGGAGGUUUGAGCGAGCCAGCGCCACGUUCCUUGAGAUUUGCCGCUUUCAAGGUGGCACUGAGUCAGUUUUCGUUUGAAGAACAGCAGUACUAUACAAAGAAACGAGAGGAGGUACGCUCUCAUGGUAGCACAACGACGCUCUGGGGAUCGACACUACACUCCUCAGAGGCAAACGAAGUCCACAUCAACAAAACAGUGCGGACCAUUUUAGCUUCGGAAGUACCGGGGAGAUGGCGUGCUGAAGAAGAGGAGGCAAUGAAGAAGUUUUUUACCAAGUGUAACUCUGUUCUCAGGGCUUACUCAACCCCUUCCAGCCAGAUGGAUGAUGCAUCAAAGGGAGACGGCGGGGUGCUAGCCCCGAAACAGCCGGGGGCAUCUGUCUCAGAUGAACAUAAAACAAGAAAUGUGGCGGAAUCUUUGGGGCAGACCGAAAGACUCUCUCAUCUGUAUGGGGUCCGCAGAUUAGUUUAUUCUUUCGCCGCGUGUGACUGUUACCAUCUUGUUGCAGAGGAUAACAACCCGCUUUACUACGCCAAGUCCAGCCGUGCUACAUACAAGCCUCAUACGGUAAAUGUUACGCUGAUCUCCGACCUAACUGUUUCGCCUCGGUUAACGCCCGCCUUCUCGGCAUCGCCCCAACGGUGCUUAGGAGCUCGAAUCGGCACAACAAAGACUGUGGAAGGGCUCGUAGUAUCGAACCAGCCUUCCCGUGCACAAUCACCGGACAUCAAACCAUGCACAGUGGGAGAGAAGUUUUCUGUAGGUUCCAAACGUCACAGCCAGUCCCCAGGAGUGUCUCCUCCGACGAGUGGCGCUCAUGGAAGCGACUCGCAUGCGCCGCUCCAGCGCUUACCGUCCAAUACGGAGGGUUACCUCCGCCUUACAACUUCACUUGUGUGUAACAAUGUCUCCGGUAACCUCAAACACAGGAAAGAGAAUCUACUGGAGAAGGGGCUUUCCUUCGGUCGGUUGAAUCCGUGCCAUGAGCAGGCCACGGAGGGCAAUGUGAAAUGUAGUAACGAGAAGGCUGUGUGUGCCGGCGAUGUCGUCAACCUUUUUCGUUUACUAGCUACCUCAUCCAUUGCACAGCACCAACUCCGCCAUAAUGUUAUACGUCCAGUUAUUUCUGCUGCAGUUUUGGACAGUAGCGGCAAUGCCGGAACCCGCGGAGCGCUGCACCGACAUUAUCAGCGGAUAAAAUGUCGUGCCUUAUUGGAUCACACAUGGUACUCAAUCCCUAUCCAACCGGUUCCUUCGACGCAGGAUGAGGUUCAGUGGAUACCUAUUGUGUUUGGGAGUGCAGAAUGUAUUAGUGAUGUGGGUUAUCGCACUGCAGUGCACAUUGGCUUCUUUCCAAAUGCGGAAGUCACUGAUGACAGUGUGCGCGGCAACCCGUUGAGACCAAAAGGAACCGCAUUCGCAACAGAUGUGUCAAAGCAGUCUGCAUCCCCGGGAACUGCCACGAGAAGUGCCAUGAUGCCGUUGGACACCAAUCACGCGACGCUGCAAACAAGCUCUUCUGACGGAAGUAAGGGGUUAUGUUUCUCCGCACAACUGAAAACUGCAGUAUCAUCAAGCAACGAGGAAGUACCAGCUGGCGUGUCAGCAAGAAGGGGUGGUGUUGCCAUGUCCUUCAACACAGGCAACGAGGAAGUACCAGCUGGCGUGUCAGCAAGAAGGGGUGGUGUUGCCAUGUCCUUCAACAAAGGCAACGAGGAAGUGCCAGCUGGCGUGUCAGCAAGAAGAGGUGGUGUUGCCAUGUCCUUCAACAAAGGCAACGAGGAAGUACCAGCUGGCGUGUCAGCAAGAAGGGGUGGUGUUGCCAUGUCCUUCAACAAAGGCAACGAGGAAGUACCAGCUGGCGUGUCAGCAAGAAGGGGUGGUGUUGCCAUGUCCUUCAACACAGGCAACGAGGAAGUACCAGCUGGCGUGUCAGCAAGAAGGGGUGGUGUUGCCAUGUCCUUCAACACAGGCAACGAGGAAGUACCAGCUGGCGUGUCAGCAAGAAGGGGUGGUGUUGCCAUGUCCUUCAACACAGGCAACGAGGAAGUACCAGCUGGCGUGUCAGCAAGAAGGGGUGGUGUUGCCAUGUCCUUCAACACAGGCAACGAGGAAGUACCAGCUGGCGUGUCAGCAAGAAGGGGUGGUGUUGCCAUGUCCUUCAACACAGGCAACGAGGAAGUACCAGCUGGCGUGUCAGCAAGAAGGGGUGGUGUUGCCAUGUCCUUCAACACAGGCAACGAGGAAGUACCAGCUGGCGUGUCAGCAAGAAGGGGUGGUGUUGCCAUGUCCUUCAACACAGGCAACGAGGAAGUACCAGCUGGCGUGUCAGCAAGAAGAGGUGGUGUUGCCAUGUCCUUUGACACCGGCAAUCUGACGGGGGUCGGAAGUGGGAAUGUUGCUUGCUCUUCAGAACGAGAGAUUGUCUUAAGGAGGAGUGCCAUGGAAGGCGGUAGUGGUUGGGAGCAGCGUUGUUCGUCGGCGCUUUUCUCGCCAAGACCAUAUCGACCGACUUCUUUAAGAGUUUGGGAGCCGGGCGCUGACGAUCAAUCUAACUCCAAUCGUUUUGAGCAAGGCACACGUGUGACAUGUGCCGGGCCCCCGGCUGGCUUCUCUGCCACGUCAACUCCCUGGUGGCGAUUGCCAUCUCAAGGACCCAGGCGCGGGGAUGGCGUUAACGCGGGGAGAGGUGAGUGUAGUACUGGUGGAUUCUGUAACGAUUGGCAACAAUGUGACACUUGUGGGGGCCGGUUUCCUCAGGGUAGUACUUCUAACCCGAGGUUUUGUGAGCACCUACAGUCACGACCAACAAGCGUGCUUAAUACUUAUGGAAAAUUUUCCAGAAGUCACAGCCCCCAUCCCUCCUACAACGCGAUGCAACAGCGACAGACACAACAUUACUCUACGAUGGGCCGUGAUGGACGUUUGCGGCCGCCACACACAGACCGCUGGGACAGCAAUGAUGUCAAUGGUGACGUCUCGCCCAGGACCGCCACCGAUCCGCUGAGAGGAACAUUUUGGAAGUCGCCGACGCUCAACCCUUCCAACCAUCGAAACGGGGCAGAUCCACUUCUUUCACCGUUAUCGAGUCCGUCGUGCAGUGGCGUACUCACACCAAAUGCAGGUCGGAGGCCGACGAUAGGUGAGUUCGCUGCAACCAACACCAGGUCCAGCGCAUUCAAUUGUCUAGCAUCGUUCAAACAUCACGGCGCCGCAACGGAAACUGGUAACCGCACGGCUAGUGGUCUCGAAAAUAACUACCAUGGACCUUCCUUUUGUAAGAACAGGGCAGGUGUGCCGACUAAACGGUCCGUCGUCCCCACCUUUGGCAGAAUGGAUACUUUGUACGAUAACAGUGCAUCCGGCAUACCCAUUUAUAACGAGUACGGCUACCCGCAAGGCGAUUCUCGGGUGCGACCGAGGGGUAUGCAGGUAAUGGAUAUGAUGUACGACCGCCAGUGGCAGCGGACGCAACCCCCGGCUCGCCUGCCGGUUGGUGCAGGACCCACUAAUCGAGGUUCGCUAAGUACUUCAUGGACUAAUACAACAAAAAAUGGUGUUUGCGGCAUGAGAAGGGCAUGUUUGCCCGGAAAGCCACCACUCGCAUCCACAAGACCAAACGGAGCUUCGAACACACUGAACAACGGCAUUGCCCCCACGGCAGUUCGGCGCUUAACACUCCGCGAGCGAAUACAACUCCAGCGGAGGCUUCAGCAACGAGAAGCAAACAUAAGUGCCUUUGAGACGAAUAUAAAGGAAAACUAUUGUGUGGGAAAUGAUGUAAAACGGUUUCGGACGGACGUUGGUGACCUUAGUUCCGCGAAUAAAACAACUGCCAGCAAUGGGGGGGAGAGAACGACAACGGAAACGAACUCGGCAUGUGGUGCACGUACGGCUGCAGCAUUGGCAGCAGUGACAUUUGGGGGCGACCCUCCAUCAAAAGGUUCCCUUCACUCCAUUGGAAAGGAUAUUAUGCGCUUGAAAUCCCUUACGUCCCCAUUCGCGGAGGCAGACGGGGUUAAUGUGUCCUUUUGCCUAAGGGAUUUAACCAAUGCUUUUCUACGUAUGCCUCAAAGUGAAAUAAAGGAGUAUGACCUCUCUAAAGCUGCGUGGUUGGAGGAUGGGGUCUCGUGUUUCGUGUCCGCCAAGCCUACAAAAUUUAAUGGUGAGUUUGAAAACUAUGUUAGGCACUUCAACUUUCACCAGCAUCCGUUUUAUUUGAGGGAAAGGGCCUUUUUAUUUGUUCUGCGAGUCCCCACUCAGCCGCAACUCCGUCUCAUUAUCGCCGUUCACAACAUGCAUGAUUUUCUCUCAGUACUACGACAGCGGCCACUGCGACCGCUAGAAUCUUGGAGAGGACCGCAUUCAAUGGAAGAAGAAAUGGGUGGUCUCAGUGGAAGGGAAAAUGCCUCGCAACUUCCAGCUGAUGAAUGUAAUUCAGGUCGGACCCGCACUUUCCUGCAGCGGCUGUGUAAAUUCAUGAAGAAUUGUAUUUCGGGGGGAAAUGGCGGCGGCACCCAGCAAAUGGGGUGGGCACCCAUAACGUGGGGUCAGCGACUGGCUCUUCUGCGGAUACAAGCGUCGGCGGCAGUACACGGCCAGGCAUGGAGCGAAUGCACAACUCCGUUACUCACAGACCCGGUUGUACUCUACUCACGCAUGUCAUUUCUGUCGAACCGCACCGCCUCGUUCGCAGUGCUGCGCUGUCAGCUGGACACCCUCAAAGCGUUUGCCUCCACUUGGAUAAAGAGUAAAAGAACAACGGCGGACGAAAACCAGGUGCGGAUGAUACAAAACCGUAUCAGUAAGGUAGAAAGUAUACAAUUGGGAUGUGAUGCCCCUACUGCUGGAAUUGGUGAGCCCAAAACUUCUUCAAGCGGGGUACAGGCAGCUGGUCGUGUUCAGCAGCGGUUGAGAUCUCUACCCCUCCGUAAAAGAAUGGGGGCUCCUUUCGCGUGGAAAAAGGCUGAUACAACUUCGAAUUCCGUGGAAAAAAAAGGAGAGACGCAGAGGCAGCCUCAGUUGAAAUCAACGAUUUCUUCGUAUUCUUCAUCAGCAAGUUUGUGCCGCUCUAAACCAGAAGUGGGAGGUGCUAAUUCCUCAACGCCACCUGGUGGCGUUCCAGCCUCUGAUGCCGCAGGAGCUGCAACUCCACUUGCGGACGCUGACGGCACUCUGAUUCGGAUUGCAGAGAGACUCACGUCAUCCACCGAUAUAGUGAGCGGAAACAAUCAUUUCCCCCCAAUGCGAACCAUUUUGAAGCUAGUAACAUUGUGGGAGCAAAAUGCUCAGCGACAGAGGGCAUUUAAUGACUGUCCUGCAGAGCCCGCGCCUUACUCCUACGGAGGAUCAGAUACGGUGCUGGCUAGCAACCUCGGAGCCCGCGCAGAGUUGCGGGACCACCAGGACGAUUAUGAUAUUAGCGUCUCCCACAUUCAGCAACUGCUGCAGUGGCAGUGGGAAUACCACCAGAACAGCUAUGAGGCAUUGUCUUUACCUGUAUUCCGUGGAGCGCUUGUGGCAAGCAGGGGCUGCCGCUAUGGGAGCGAUGCAUGCAGUAGUGUGGAUCCCAAGGUAAUGGGUGUGAAUCCCCUUUCCCGGUCACUGUUGCUCGCUCUGGUUAAGUGGGGGUGGCUAGUACCGAUAGACUACAAAGCGUUGCACAAACGGGCCGUGCGUCACACUGCCGUCGGCGACAACAUGCUAUCACGCGUUCAAUUUGGCUUCGGCGUGAGGCGUCGCACACUAUUUGUGGGGGUGCUGGGGUUCACAUGUUACCGCGGAUGGGCCCUGAGUCUUCUUAUUUUGUAUGCUGCGUAUCGCUGCUUCAAGUUGGCUGCAGUUGGUCUACUCAGUACCGGCGCACCGUGGCCCGCGCCUUUGCACUCGGGAACUUCUAUCGUGUACAGUCGCUCGGAGGCAGCAGUGGAGGCUAUGCUCGAAGAGCGGCAACACUUUCUCUCGCAGUUGCUUGCCACUCGCGUACUGCAAACUCAGCACUACGUUCACAACUUUGCAAGUCGUCUGGACAUGCUUCUGCGGGGAUACUCACCGAUCCUUUCACUUAUCAUUGGUAUCGAACUACUGUUUGUGUGGAUUUUUUUUGCGUGUUGGAGCGGCGCCGCACGCGUUUCCGCUACCUUCGGGGUCAAUAUAGACCUCCUCCAUCAAUAUAUGUCGGAGCUCAUCUCUCCCUUACCGCUGUACGACAACGUCAUGUGGUGCCUUACCUACAUGAAGCCAAAUGUGGCAGGCGUGGAGACCUUUUCUCUCGUUGCCCCUCUGUUUGUCGUCCUUUGUUUGAUGACCCAGUCACCACUGCGAUGGGUGCUGUACAAAACAUGGGAAAUGUUUUUGCAUGAUGACGCGCUCGUCCGACGUCCGGUGCUCUCUUUCUGA